AUUCAUGUUAUUUAAUAUAUUGUACGUGUGAUACUUUCUGUGGGAAAAUUUCAUAUAACAUUUAUUCAAGCAUUUAUGUCAAAAUGUUGGCCAUAAAUACGGCGAACGUUAUAAAUUUGUUAAUUACAACGUUUCACAUUGCAAAUCUCGCUGUCACUCCUGUUAAUCAUCGUGAAGUAGAACUCCACGAUGCAAUUUCAAAUUUAAUAAGGGAUUCUCUAAAAGACGAUAUUACGAUUGAAUAUGAUUGGGGACUUGAUUUUGAUGAUCCAUCGGAACCUCAAGCUGUACAGUUUGUAGAUUCGUAUGAUCCUCAUGCUGAAGAAGAUAACUAUGAAGAUGAAGUUUGUAUUGUAGAUGACGAAGGUGGAAGUGUAGAUUUAAAUUAUAAAAAAAAGCGGUUGAAUAUUGGAACAGUGGAAAAAAAAGACGUUUAUCCGUUUCUGUUGUACAGAAUCGUUUUAGAAAGGUAAAACAUGUUUCGCAAUUGUACAGAUGGCAGGAGUAUAUAAUGCGUGGAGGGACAAACAAAGACAAAUUGAUAUUCAUUGCCGAAUAUGUAUUAAUAAAAUUUCAAGAAACUAUUGAUAGAGGAUCUAUUAUUCAUGACAUCGAUUUGCGAAGGUGGGCGCUAGAAGCAAAGAAGCAAGUGAAUUUUGCUACAUUUAAAGCAGGACAUUGGUGGAUAUGGAAUUUUAAAAAAGCUCAUCGCAUUACAUCACGUAAAAUAACAAAAUUUAAAACGCAAUCUAAUUUACAAGCUGAUGCACUGAUACGUCAAAAUGCAGAAGAAUUUGUGACAAAUGUAAAACCACAUAUUGCUAUAACUGGUGAAGGAUCAACUUAUAAUGCAGAUGAAAGCGGUUUUAAUCUAGAAAUACAUUCUGGA